AUGAUUUUCGUCGCUGUUGAUUAUCGACAAGGAUUUGAGGGUUUUCUCGCAAUGCAUGACACCGAUUUACCCGGAAAUCUGGGAUUAGAGGACAUUUUGAUGGCUUUGAGAUUUGUUAGGGAUAACGCCUACAAUUUUGGAGGAGAUCCAAACAAUAUCGUGGUUGCCGGUGAUGGAACUGGUGCCGCACUUGCGGGAAUAUUAGCGACAAGUCCGAAAACGAAUGGGUUGAUUCAAGGGGUAAUGCUUUUCUCGGGAACAACCACUGCCCCAUGGGCUGUUCAACACGAAAGAACUAAAAACAACACGAUUCGUGUCUUGUGGAAUUGCAAAUGUGUGAGCGGUUCGUCAAAAAAACUCAAAGAAUGUCUGAAGAAAGCGGAUCCAAGUUGUUACCAUGAAGAGAUCGAAAAAAGGGAUUUCUUUGAUUAUGUCGAUGAUGUAAAGACAAUGUACGAGGCUCAUCGAAUGGGCCUUUCCCCAUUCACUCCAGUCAUCGAUUCAUAUCGUGGAUGGGAUGCUGUUUUGGGUGGAGAGCCGGAGGAACAAGUCAAACAAAACGCUCGUGUCAGAGCGCUCUUCAGCAACGCGGCUCAUGAGCGCUUGUUCAAUUGCGGAAAAAUUGCCGGUCUACCGAUCCCGUUGAAAGAAUGGGUCGACGGGAUCGUCGAGGCUCGAUUCGGCAACUCGACCUAUGUGAAAGAUCUCUUUGAUGACUGGUACCACCCGUUGAACCCGAUUCAUGAAACAGAUAAAGCACGCCGCACAUCGAGAUUGCUCACAUUCACCGAGGACGAUUGGGUGGCCGACACACAACACGAGGCUCUUCACUAUGCUGAUAAAGGGCAAAACGUCUACACACUUCUCAAUAAUAUUUACGGACAUCCAAAUGCCGGACCCGACGGAAAAUGGGGUACCGAUCAUGGAACCGAUUUGGCGAUGCUAUUCGACUCGAGGGCUUUCUACGCACCAUUUGGACAAUAUAAUUGGGAAGAGCUGAGCUUCGGGAAAGCGUUUGCCGAUCGACUUGCCGACGUUAUCUCCGAAUUCGUGGCGAAUGGUCACCUUCAAUCACAUCCGAAAUUCACUCGCGCAAACUGGGUCGUAUUGCGAAUCACUUUCGAUCGAAUCGAGCACAAACAAUUUUCAGCUGAAAAUUACAAUUUUUGGAGAGAGGCAGCUCCUGAAUUGGCGAAACUGCAAGCGAAUGAGAUCCGAAGAAAACAACGGGAAACUCAA